AUGUCGAGGCCAAAGACGGCCGCCAGUGGCGCUAACACUGUCAAGGCGAACACGUCUCGCCGCAAGCCUUCGAAGUCCACCGGCGAGUCGAAAGAUGAAGUUGUUCAGGAUCUGCGCAAGACAAUCCAGCGACGGUACCUCCGCGAAUCUGAUGUUGCCAAGAUCCAAGACAAGAAGGGAGGAGGAAAUAAAAAGCCUCGGAAGGAGCAAAAAGCCAGUAAGGACACCGAACAGUCAGGGACGGGGCGGGGAAAGAAACGGGAUCGCAAUGGCAAGGUCCUCGGUCAGAACAAGAAGUCUGCUGAGCAAGACGGCGCUGCCCCAGCAGUAAACCCAGACGACGAACAUGUUCUGGCGCAAGAGAUGAAGAGUCUAGGUGGCACUGCGGAAGACUUGGACCUGCUGGCGGGCGCGGACUCGGAGUCAGAACUGGAGGGUGAUGUCCCCAACAAUGCCUUGGAAAGCCUGGACAAGGGAAUGAAGAAUAUUCUGAAAGAGAUUGCUCUUGCUCAAGGAGAGAUUGAGGACGACGAUGAGGCUGAGGACGACGGCCUGGACGGUGACAGUGAGGUUCCCGAACCAGUCGGCAUGUCCAUACCGAUGCCAGAUCAGAAAACGGAACAGACGAAGAAGGGCAGGAAGAACCAGAUCCAAUUCUUGUGCGAACCAAAGCCAGAGUGGUUUGACGUGUCGGACCCGGACAUUGACACCGACACGCAGCCCAAAUAUACCAUCUCCAAGGACUCCAUUGAUCAGCUCCAUGAAUACGCUAAAUCUCUCCUUGACGAGGAAAACCGAAAGUUCCAAGAAUCUCAGCAGUCGUCGGCCGCACAGUCGUUCUACAACACCGUCAUCACGUCGGGAACAUUGUCCGACAAGAUCUCGGCUCUGACCUUGGCGGUACAAGAAUCGCCCAUUCACAAUGUCAAAGCGCUUGAGACGCUGAUCGGUCUGGCUGGCAAGAGAAGUCGCUCUCAAGCAGUCGAUGUGCUUCGAGCCUUGAAGGACCUGUUCGCCCAAGGCUCCCUGCUCCCUUCGUCCAGGAAGCUUUAUGCGUUUCAAGCACAGCCAACGCUUGUAUAUUUCUUUCGGAACACUAGGAAUUGGAGACAAGGGCAACAAUUACCCGGUGGUCUCGAGGAGAAACGCCUCGUUAUCUGGGCCUUUGAGAGCUGGCUGAAAGAGCAAUACUUUGAGGUCCUGAAGAUUCUCGAGGUAUGGUGCAACGACGAGAUUGAGUUUUCCAAGGCCAGAGCGCUCAGCUACGUAUACGAGCUCCUCAACGAACGGCCAGAACAAGAGUCAAACCUGCUUCGUCUACUGGUCAACAAGCUGGGAGACCCUGUCAAGAAGAUCGCUUCGCAGGCAUCUUAUCUGUUAAUGCAGUUGUUGAUCGCCCAUCCGGCCAUGAAAAUGGUGGUCGUCUCGGCGAUCGAGUCCGACUUCAUCUUCCGGCCCGGUCAGAGCUUACAUGGCAAAUACUACGCAGUGGUCACUGUCAAUCAAACAGCGUUGAGUGCGAAAGAAGAGGACGUGGCAGUCAAACUGCUCGACAUCUACUUUGGCCUCUUUACAGGGCUGUUGAAAACUGACAAGGAAACUGCUCCGAAUGAGGAGGCUGUCCAAGAGCCUCAGUCGCGAGGUGAACAGCGCAGGAAGAAGAACAAGAACUCCCAAUCGGCGCCAGGCCAGGCUCAAGCCGAAGAACUGCGCGACAAGCUCAUCUCCGCAAUCCUCACUGGUGUCAAUCGAGCAUAUCCAUACACCAGCACCAGUUCCGCGACCAGCAACAGCGCUUUCUCCGAUCACCUCGACACGCUGUUCAGAGUCACUCACUCGGCCAACUUCAACACGUCCAUUCAAUCACUCCUGCUCAUCCAGCAGAUCUCUCAGGCCAGUCAACACAAAGCUUCCAGUGAUCGCUUCUACCGCGUCCUUUACGAAUCCCUUCUGGACCCACGACUCAUUGUCGCAUCGAAACAGCAACUCUACCUGAACCUGCUCCACCGAGCCCUCAAAGCAGAUCUCCACAUCAACAGAGUGAGAGCCUUCAUCAAGAGACUCACACAGGUGCUAACCCUGCACGAACCGAGCUUCAUUUGCGGCGCAUUCUUCCUCAUCCAAGACCUGGUGAAGACCUUUCCCAGCCUCAAAAGCCUCAUCGACGAGCCAGAGGACCACGAAGACGACGACGUAGAAGUCUUCCGCGACGUGCCCUCUGGAGACGAGGAUGAAGACCGCCCCGGCACCGCCGUCCUAGCGGCAGAUGCGGCACCGAAAAGCACAUCUACCUACGACGCGCACAAACGCGACCCGCUGCACGCGAACGCCGCCACCGCCUCCCUCUGGGAGAUUCUUCCUUUCCUAGCGCACUUCCACCCGUCCGUCAGUGUCAGCGCCGAAAGCCUCCUCGCCCACCGGCCCCUCUCAGGCAAACCCGACCUCAACGUCCACAGCCUGUCGCACUUCCUUGACCGCUUCGUCUACCGCAACCCUAAACUCUCGCACUCCGGUCUCCGCGGCAGCAGUAUCAUGCAACCCAUGGCCACGGACAACAAAGACGCGGUCCUCCUCUCCGGCAGUACAGUCCGCUCUCUUCCUGUGAAUAGCGAACAAUUCCGCAUGAAGAAAUCCGACGAUAUAGCCGCCGAGGAUGUCUUCUUCCAUCAAUACUUCACGGCGGUGAAGAAGACGACCACCGGCGCCAAGGACGGGAAACAGAAAAAGAACAAGUUGCGCGAUAUCGACGACGACGAAGGAGGAGGCGUCGAGGAUGACGAAGACGAGAUCUGGAAGGCCAUGAUGGCCAGUGCGCCCGACCUCGAGGGCGACGAGUUUGAAGAUGACGACGCGGACCUUGACUUGGCGGAUUUGGGGUCUGACGACGACGACGACAACGACGUGGCCACAGGAUCAGAUGCAGAUCUUGACCUCGAGAUCGCCGGAGACGCUGAUGAAGUGGACAUCGAUCCGGCUUUCUUCGAAGACGACGAAGACGAUCUCAUGGACGUUGAUGCUGACGCUUCAAUGCCAUCAGCCCGCGGCCAUACUGGUCCGGGAGACGCCGACGGCAUGCCAAGCGACGUGUCUGAUUUUGCGGGAUUCGAGUCCGACGAUGGCGAGAAACCCAAGAAGAAGGUCAAGGGCGGGAAGAAAGACAGCAGGGCCGAGAAGAAGAAGGUGGUGAAGAAUUUGCCCACGUUCGCGACGGCCGAGGCGUACGCCAAGAUGUUGGAGGAUGACGACGACGAGGAUCGAUGA